GUGGGAGGGCAAUGAUCCCUGAAUUCCUCGUCAAACUCUUACCAUGGCUGCAGCGGUGUGGACGGAGCGCGGCCGCAGGGCAGUGACAGCCCUGGGGACGGUGACCAGGGCCAGUCACUCCACCGUCAAAUCCCAGUACGACGCGCUAGUCAUCGGGGGAGGACACAAUGGACUGGUGGCGGCUGCCUAUCUUCAGAGAGGGGGGGUGAAGACAGCAGUACUGGAGCGCAGACAUGUACUGGGAGGGGCAGCUGUUUCAGAGGAGAUCGUCCCAGGUUUCCACUUCUCCAGGUGUUCCUAUUUACUCAGCUUGUUAAGGCCACACAUAUACUCAGACUUGGAGCUCAAGAAACAUGGGCUGAAAGUGUACAUGAGGGACCCUCAUGCCUUUACCCCCAUGUUGGAGGAGGGGGUGAGAGGUGCCCCACCAAGGUCUCUCACCCUGGGCUCAGAUCUGGCCAUGAACCAGAAGGAGAUUGGAAAAUUCUCACAGAAGGAUGCCAAGGCAUUUCCAGAAUUUGUCACACACCUGGAGAAGCUAGCGGGAGCCAUCCACCCUCUCCUGGAUGCUCCACCUGUAGACAUCCCAGGUGUCACUGCAGGGUCCCUGAGGAAGAGGCUGUCUGCUGCCAAGACGCUGAUGCCCAUUGUCAGAUGUGGUUUGAAACUGGGCAGGAACAUUCCAGACUUCUAUGAGAUUAUAACUGCACCAAUAAUGAAGAUCCUUAAUCGGUGGUUUGAGUCAGAGCCACUGAUAGCAACGCUGGCUACUGAUGCUGUGAUAGGAGCUAUGACCAGUCCUAAUAAUCCUGGCAGUGGAUAUGUGCUUUUGCACCAUGUGAUGGGAGAGCUGGAGAAGGAGAAGGGAGCAUGGGGCUAUGUAGAGGGCGGCAUGGGAGGCGUGUCGAAGGCUAUUGCAAGCUCUGCCCGCUCCCAUGGAGCAGAUAUUUUCACUGAAAAAGAUGUGGGGCAGGUCUUGGUUGGCUCAGAUGGUGCUGCCAAGGGAGUGGUGCUGAAAGAUGGCACAGAGAUCCACAGCAGAGUAGUCCUAUCCAAUGCUACCCCAUAUGUCACCUUCAAGAAGCUCACCCCACAGGGCUCCCUGUCUCCAGAGUUCAUCAAAGCUGUAGAUCAGAUAGAUUUCACCUCUCCUGUCACCAAGAUCAAUGUGGCAGUGGACAAGCUGCCUAACUUCCUAGCAGCUCCCACACCAGAUGGGAAGCCUGGCCCACACCACCAAUGCUCCAUUCACCUCAACUGUGAGAGCGUGGCGGUGCUGGAGGCUGCAUACAAAGAUGCCAUGAACGGACGUCCCUCAAAAAGGCCGAUGCUGGAGAUGACAAUCCCCUCAGUACUGGAUCCAACUCUGGCUCCCCCUGGCUGCCAUGUAGUGUCGCUGUUCACCCAGUUCACCCCCUUCCAUAUCGAAGGCAGGGAGUGGACGGACCAGGACAGAGAGGCCUUCGCUGACCUUGUGUUUGACUGGGUGGAACGAUACGCUCCUGGGUUCAAAGGCUCUGUAGUGGGAAGAGACAUCCUGGCUCCCCCUGACCUGGAGAGGAUCUUUGGGCUUACCGGAGGGAAUAUUUUCCAUGGAUCAAUGUCACUGGACCAGCUCUACCUAGCACGACCUUUGCCCUCUCUCUCAGACUAUCGCUCACCGAUUAAAGGGCUGUAUCUUUGUGGCAGCGGCAGUCAUCCAGGUGGCGGUGUGAUGGGGUCCUCUGGCUGGAACGCUGCUCUCGCUGUCAUGACUGACCUGAAACGUAGCUGAGACAUGGCACGUCAUCACAGGCUGGUCUGCAGUCUGCAGUGUUCAACCUCUCCCAGGCCAGAUUUGUAACAAUCACUCCAGCAGCCUCUCUGAUUAGCUGUGUCCUCAUCAUGUUAUGCAAAUAAGUCUAUUUACAAAGAUAAGUGUCCCGGGCAUGGAGGUUUAUUUAAUGAUACACAGCUAUGCAAAAUGUGUGACACUGGUAAUACUUAAGCAUCAUAGUAUGUGAAAUGUAAAUUGAUUUAACAGCAAGUCUGUUAUUCUCACAAAACAGGGAUGUUGAAGAACAAGGCAUUUUAAAUAACCUGUUUCUGUGUUUUGUGUAAUUAACAUUUCAAGAAUACCCUGGCCAAAGAAAUCCAUCUAACACUCCAAUAAAUAAGACUAAAACUACACUUACUAUGGAAGGGUCAAAUUUGUUGAUCUGUAUACUUUAUAGCUUAAUGUUGGAAAUGAUACCACACUGAAACUUUGUUUAACUUUAGCAAUUUAAUAAAUCCACACGAAAUUGUA